AGCGAAUGGUCUAGUGGAAAGAUUCCACAGACAACUGAAAAGCUCCCUGAUGGCGCAGAAUGAUACAUCUAAGUGGAGUGAAUACUUACCUUUGAUUUUACUUGGUAUCCGUUCUACUAUCAAAGAAGAUUUAGGAUGUACACCGGCUCAACUUGUCUAUGGCACCAACCUAACCUUGCCUGGACAGCUAGUCCCCUCAGCCGAUUCCACAGACGUGAACAUUGCCGACUUCACUAACCGAUUAACUAGACAAAUGCUUCAACUUCAACCAACAGCACCUCGACAAUCUCCCCGAAGAGAUCAGAUCAACAAACAUCUACAAACUUGCAAAUUCGUCUUCAUUCGAGUCGACGCCAUCAGAAAAGGAUUGCAACCUCCAUACGAAGGACCCUUUCAAGUUAUUAAACGUUCAGACAAACACUUUACAGUGAACAAGAAUGGAAGACGAGAGACUGUUUCAAUUGAUCGAAUCAAACCCGCAUACACCGACAACGACUUCGAAUCUACAUCGGCAGCUGCGCAAUCAAAUAAUCAAACAUCCGAAUCCCCUCCACCGGCACCAAGUCUUAUCCUCCCUCCAUAUCACACACGUAGUGGUCGGCAAAUCAGUAAACCGGCUCGCUACGUUCAUUUUGAGGACUAACAAAAGAAAAAUAAUUAAAAAUUAUUAUUAUCUUUUUCGUUUAGACAUUAUCAUCAUGACCGUUAGUAUUUCGUCGUAAACUUUGAUGUUACUAUCACUAUUAUUUAUUUAUAUGUACCUCACCGAAAAAACAGGUAGUGUCCUUUCCAAAAAC